UUAUGUGGAGCAACGUUCCCUUUUUUGGUCUUUUCUUGGAGUCCGGUCCCCCAUAUUCCCCUCUGGCAACUCCUCGACACUUUCCUUCACGCCUUGGACAUCGGGUCAACUCUUAACCACAUUUCCAAAGCGGUAGAUAGCUCUGGGGGUGUGCACGGCAUCACUUAUCGGACGUGCCUGCCUACCGGUGCCUCUCCGCCUUAGUAACCCACGGGCAGCAGUGGUGAGAGGGUGUUCACCGCCGCGCUCCCGAUACGCCGCCCACCAGUGUCCCGGGCUCUCCUCGGACGGUGAGAUGGAGAAAGCCGCGAUGACUCUAACGAUCGGGAAGCUUAUCCAUGCCGUGACCUUGUGUUGUCUGGCUAUCGGUUCAGGGAAGGUGCACAGCCGAGUCCUGCCCACAGGCUGUUCGGAUCCCGGCUGUUCAGGGGUGCAGUGCGAGCAAGGCUUCUGCGGCGCCCAGUGUGAGUGUGAGUGUCUGCCCUGCUUCACCGGCCCGGCCUGCGCCCACUACGAGGACUUGUACGGCCCCAGGUUCGCCAUCCGAGAGGACACGGUCAUCCUGGAGCCACACCACACAGGUGUCGUGUACAAGGCCGUGGCUGAGGACGAGGAUCUGGGGCUCACGUGUCCACUGGGCCCAGGUCGGAACACCCGCUGCCCCUGUGCCUCCAUCCGCUACCACCUGCUCACCCCCGGACGCGGCCAGACGAUUCCGCACAGCCUCUUCACCAUCCACGCCUCCUCCGGGCAGGUGUUCUUGCGGCCCGGCACGACGCUAGAGCCCAGUGCCCGCCACCAGGCCCUCAUCGUCGCCUCCACUAUCAACGGCAGCAUGGAGGAAGGGCACCGUCCUCACUUCGACGUGCAGACGCUCACCGUGGUCGUGCGCCAGACAGAAUCCCUCCACGACCUUCUCCAAGACCCGUUGCUGUACCAAACCACGCGCCAUCUCGUCCAGGACGGCUCCCCGGGCACCAACUUUACGAGGGCAAGCAAUCAACACACUCAGAACGACGUCCACUACCACGACCAGGAGCACGACCGCCGCCAGAAUACCCUCACGAACUACGAGUACAGCAGCCGCGUCGCUCUGACCUACCGUCAUGGCGAUGAUGAUGAUGAUGAUGAUGUCCCGAUCAGGAUGGAGAAGCAGGUGACCACGAGCAAGCAGGACAACAGCUACACCAGGAGACGGAGGUGGGCGACGCGCAGCAGACGGAGCCCAGCCCAGCGGCCACGCCUCGCCCUGCCUUCCCUAUAGAGCGAGAGCGCUGUUGGUGGAGGAGAGCAGCCGCGGCCUCAUGAAGUUGACUAGUGGUGAGUGACAGGUGACAGGUGACAGCCACGCCCCCCGCCCAGUCUCAACCAGCUGCGGGAGAAUGACCAUGAGCUACGGAACCUGAUGAUGAUGAUGAUCCAUGGACAUUUGGUGGUGCAGAGGUGAGGGCAGAGCGGUUGUGUGCUGACGUCGACGCCCCACCGUUGAGAGUUGGCUGACGAGGAAACAAGAUGGUGGUGCGUCCUAGGGUUGGUCUGUCACGCUGGCUCGAGGAUGGCUGUCUGCAAGAAAACACGCGUCUCAACAUCUUACGAGUCUGAAUUAGAGUUUCAAGCCUUGUCUUCAAAAAAUGUCUUUAACUUUUACAAAUCAAUCGCUAAUUUAUGUGUGGGGCAUUCUGCUAAAGUUACCGUCUUGCAAAAUUCUCCUUUCAAUGAUGUUAUUGUUGUACUGUGUUAAUUUAAUCUUUUACUUGCCAUCGUUUGUCAUGUACUGUUGGCUGGCAAUGUAACACGACCCUCAGACCAGUGUGUAUGUGAGGCAGGAACACCGCCCAUGCACUCAACACGUCAUUAGGCAACGGUAGGAGAAGGAAAAAGAGGACAUGGGAAGCUUAAAUGUAAUCCAGCCCGAGGACUGUUUUGGUGAGGCGUUGUAUGAAUGUUGUUCGUCAUUUGAAAGAUAAACGAAUCAAAAUUAAAUUGUCGGGCAUGCAUGAACAUAUUGCGGAAGGAUUUAUUAUUUUUUUGGGUGCACAAUGUUGACGUAGAAAAAUAAAAUGUGGAAGAUUAAUGCAAAUAUACACACACACACACACACACACACACACACACACACACACACACACACACACACACACACACACACACACACACACACACACACACACACACACACACACACACACACACACACACACACACACACA